AUGUUAAUCAGUUUAUACAAUCAUUUAUUUCGUUCAAAAUUACUUCCACAAGCAUCUGAAAUUCUUCGUUGUCAUAUUCGACAACGAAAGUAUCCACCAUGGACAUCUUAUUUUAUAUCUCAAUAUAGUUGUUUGAAUGAUCAAUUUGGUAAAAGUCAUUUUGAAUUUGAUGUUGAUGGGCGAAAUUAUCAUAUAUUACGAACGGGUUGUUUUCCUUAUAUCAAAUAUCAUUGUACACAACGAAUGAAAACAUAUGAUUUAACUUAUGAAAAUCGACUUUAUACUUUUUUUAAGAUAUUUAAUUUAGGUAUACCAACAUUAAUGUAUGGUUUAGCUGCUAUAUUUCUUAUUCGUCAUUAUGAAAUUGUUAAUACAAAACAACAUGGUUCUGUUAAAAUUUAUUUUCUUCUCAAAGAAAAUUAUGGUGCUUCACAUUGA